AUGCGCGGCUCGAUUUGUCUGGGCGCGGCUCGAUGUUGCUUGGGUCGGCAAGGUUGGAUUCCCAACCGUACGAUCGCCAUCGUGCGGUUCACCCUCGUUCCUUUGCACCGCUACCCCAUGACGCCUGGGCACUUCGUUCCCUCGUCCGUCUCUCUCCCUCUCCUCUUCUCCUCCUUCGUCCUCGCUGCUGUCAUGAUGCAUUCCCUGCUCCCCCCUAUAAGUGGGGUCCUCCCCCUUCGCCACUUCCUCCUUGUCGUCCCGCGCCCCGUCGCCUUCCUCCUCACGAUGGUGAUUGCUGGUGGGCUCGAGCUGUCGCCAGAGCACGGUGUCGUUGCGUCAGUGGUGCGCGAAAAGUCACCGCCGGUGACUGCAUCGGCAAACGUCGCGGCGAAGCCGCCAAAGCCGCCUGCCCCGAAAGCCGUGUCAUCGCCAACUGCUCGGCCUGCGGCAGCCCAUCCCGAUCCUCCGGCUGCAGCGGCGCCUCCGGCUGCCGUGGUCGCUCCUCUUGCUCCUGUUCCCCCGGAGCCUGAGCAAGUGGCACCUGCUGCGGUUGUUGUGCCACUGGUUGCCCCUGUCCUUGCCGCCCCUUUGAACGCCGCUGCCCCUACUGCUCUUGGCGGCGACUUGGUGCUGGCUGCGGUGUCCGCCACCACUGGCGGCCCGGCCCCGGCGGUGGUGCCUGCCGAGGCUGUUCAGUCGGCGCCUGAGUCUCCUCAACGCCGCUCAUCGGGCGGGAACUGGCACCCGCGACGGGGUGGGCGCGGGGGCUGGAGGGGAGGUUGCGGUCGCGGACGUGGCGGCGCGUUUGAUGGGCCGGUGACGAUGGCGGACUUGCAGCGGGUUGUGACGGCUGCGAUGCGCGAGGAGAGGGCCCUGCAUGCACACCAGCAGUUCCCUCGUGCAACUGCCGCUCCUCCUCCUGUUGCACCUCCUGUGACUGCACCAGCGGCGGUUGCUCCUCAGCCUCCUGCUCCCCCUGCUCCUUAUCCGUCCCUUCUGCCCUGUGACUCUGCUUCUCGUGCUGCUGGUGCACAGUCGUUCCAGGCGUUUGCGGGUUCUUCCCGCGCGGCGGAGGUUCCGGAGGCGACCCUUGGGCAGCUGUGGCGCCUCUCUGAGGGUUUGCGGGCUGUUCACCUAAUCCAGAUAUACGGUCACGCGGGUCUCUCCCUUGGGAACACUCUGGUUGGCGGUUCCCGGGACGAGUGUCUUGACGCCAUGGAUCGGCUCGCGGAGCUCCUGGCGCCCGUGUUGGCUGCUCCCGCGAGGGGAGCAGUUGCGGGCGUUGGGCAGCUGGGGAUAGCUGUACGAGGCCUGAGGCGCUUUUUGCGCGCUGGGACUGCAGCCGAUGUGAUCGGCGCAAGCACGGGGGUGGUGCGGGAGCUCCAUCGCUCUCUGACUGGGCUCCUUGCUGUUCUUGAUGCUGAUCACUUCUAG